CAUCGAUUUGAUGUGUAGAGAGUAGAGUCUUAAAUGCAUGUACGUAUGCAACAUCGAUCAGCCAGAAUCGAUCGAUGGUCCGACCAAAAAUGAGUCAGUGUCACUUCACAAUCCAUCCAUCUAUUCAUCCAUCCAUCCAUCACUCGCCAAGAAGCUUCGACCAUCCACCCGGUGCGGGUCACACACGCGUGAACUUCAACUGCAUGUGCUUCAUGUUGUAGUCAUUGUAAUCGCGCGUCGUGAGGUCGAUGUGGCCAACGUCGAACCGCCCGCCCAUCUUGCCCGCGAUGGCAUCACUGCUCUCCAGCAGCUCAAACAGACGUUCUCCUAAGAAAGCUCCGGAGUCCUUCAGGAACUCCAACGUGAGGUUGUGGAUACCGCGCAGCUCCAGCAGAGACACCACACACUCGUAGAGCCGCCCAGCCGUCACAGACACAUCAGGACGAACACCACGCGGGUCUGCAGACACACAACAUUCAUUCUUGCUGCACAUCUCCGCUGUCACUACGCUGUCACUCACCAAUGUCGUCGUCAUCCUUUCCUUCUGCCACACACACACACACACACACACACGGAGAAAGAGAGAGAGAGAGAGAGAGAGGUCUCAGCCUCUUCCUUCAGCGUCCCAUGUCGCCCUCUCUCACCGAGUGUGAUGAGCAAAUCCUCGAUGAUGGGCAAGCUUGCACGUUCCUGCCCCCACAUGAGAAAGGAUGACUCCGUCUGCUCUGUCGUCGAUGGCUGCACAUGGACGGUCGUCACCGUCUUGUCGGGCCCGAUCGCCUUGAGCAUGCCGAGGGCGCUGUUGUGGCCGGUGCGGCAGGUCGCCUGCAGCCUGGCGGGAUCCUCAUCGGAAGCCUUGAAUGCCAGCGCCGCUCCCACCGCCGCCCCGACGGGACACUCGACCAGCACCAUAGCGGGGCUGAGUCAGCAGGGAAAUGGACACAGAUUCAUUGAGCUUGGUGCCGUCCAUUCAUUCGUGUGUUCACCUGGUUGGACGUCUUUCCUCUACCCCGGGGGGCAGCCCAAAGAAGCACCUUCUGAGAGGCAGAGGGCGGCGGUCCAGCCGGGGCGGUGCGCGGGGGCCGAAUGGGGAGGGGCACUUCUUGGUGAUGUCGAUGAGCUUGGCAAGAGUGGAUGUGGGGGCCGGUGUGUCGGGCUGGUCGGCGAGGUUCGGACCUAUGAUGUAGACCGUCUCUGCCUUGUCGAAGGUGAGCGAUGCUGCCAGGGCGGCGAUGCCAGUGCUGGGUGGCGUGUCGGGGUUGUCGAUGUGGUCCUGGGUGAUGACCCACGUCAGGUAGGGCACUUUGUUGACGACGUCCCGCACCCAUCCUGCCAUGUCUGCCGGGGGCGUGUCCGGCAGCUGAUGGAGGGAGGCAAGGUCGAAGCAAUUGCAUGGGAAGUCCUCGAGGGACGAGUUGGUGGGAUGGUAGUGGAACACGAUCUCCAUGCUGGGUUUGCCUACAGCUGCCUUGAAGGCGUGCAGGUCUUGCAGGAAGUCGACGAAGCGGAAGGCAUGGCGUGAGUCCGCAGCUGGCCGGUCGAAGAGCACCGUGAGAGACUCCAACUGCUGCCGGCAGCCAAGUGACAUCAGCGUCUCCUGCACACGACAAAAGGCAUUCAUCGACACCACAUGCAUGCCAUUUGUGAUUCUCUUUUUUGCGCACCUGCAGUUCCUUCAGAUGGCUCCGGCGAUAGCCGCGUCCGAUCCUGAGCGGUCCGAGUCUCUCCAAGCGAGCCAGAGAACCCGGCUGGCAGUACUUGAAGACAUCACGCCAGUCGGAGGGCCACAGCAGUGGUGGCCCAAAUGUGGGGACGACGAACAUGUAAGUAACGCACUCCAGACACUUGAGGCAGUGGGAUCCACUGAUCAGCUCGCCCAAAUCCAAUGUCGCGACGACAUGCUUCCUAUCGGCCAUGUCAUCCACCAGUUCCCGCACUGGAAUGCCUGUCACGCACCGCACCUCUUGAAGCGCCGGCGCCUGCCAUUUCCUGGCCAGAUGGAAGAAGUAGGGCGGCGCUGCUGUGAUGGUCGUGAGAUGGGGCAGGCGGGUGCCGCGGCCGAAUUGGAAUAUCUUGAAGGAGGGCUCCACAGGGCAGCUGGUCUUGAGGUGGAUGGUGGUGAGUGUGCCGUUGCCCCUUGUGGCGUGCCCCUCCGCAAUGUCGGCGACCAGGCCAGACCACCCCAGCCCCCCCUGCCAGUCGUCCAGCGGAUGGUCAUCAUCGCGUCCAUGGAAGACGUGCUUGUUGUCGUAUCCAGCGGUGAUGUGGGUCAAGUUGGCGAGCCUGCCGCCCCAUGCCCUGGCAUCCUCACGGCUCAUCGACAGCCAGAAGUAGACCUCCUGGUGGUUGAGUCCAUCGACGCUCAGUGUGCUGUGCUGGUCGUAGUAGGGGAAGACUGUCGGCUGGACGGAUGGGGGGAGCAGACGAAUGAAGUAGGGCGGCAGGAACGAGACAACCUCUCCAACCAUCCCCGGCCUCCGGAACAAGAAGAAACAUCCAUGUUGGUUCCUUGUGUGCUGUGUGUGUGUGUGUGUUCUUUCUUUCUUUCUUUCUUUCUUUCUUCUGCCCGCUUGGCUGACCUUCCCAAAGAGCAACUUCACAAUCUUCUUGAUAUCGUCAGCCGUGCCUGAUGAGCGAGCAUCAAUAACCGACACACGUGUAACUCCAUACUGCCUGGCUUGGUGAGAUCCUGACCAGGAAUGCCUCGACGGUCGGCCUCUCGAGCGCUACAGCCCCGGUCGAAGAUGGGCAGUUGGUAUCCUCUAGCUGAAAUAAUCGGCAGGGAUGGACACAAGGGCAUGCGCUGGUCCAUUUCUCGUGUUUGUGUGUCGCCAUACGCUGCCAGUCGAAGGGGAUGGCGUCUCGCGGGAUGUGGGCGUAUUUGCCUGUGGACGUGCCGGCCUCCAGGGCAGCGAGUGCAGCAAUGUCGUCGAAUCCAACGUACUGACAUCCACGCAGACGCCCGUGUCGGCUUGGUAUGGCAGUGAGUGUCUUGAUGCCCUUAUCACAAUUCGUACCGCGAUGAUGCAUGCGAUGCGAGCGCAGGCCAGCUGAAUGAGAGGGCGACAGUCGACAAACUCAGCCGCCUGCAUCCCACCACACCCACAGCACCAAUGGGCACCGGCGGUAUGUGUGGGGGGUUUGUCAUAUCGUACCAGAGUCAGCGAACAGAGACCGUCCACGGUUAGGCGUUCGAUGAACUUGGCGUCCCAGUCAUCAGCAACAACCUGCACUCACACACGCACGACAUCCUGCCGAUGCACGUCGGCCCUCUCCCUCCCUCACUGACUGACUGUCAACUCUCACCUCCGUCAGUUCAUCUGUUUGGAUUGGCUUGCUGAUGUCGGCAGCCUGGCCCUUGUGAUGCUCCGCAUAUUCGAUGAUCUGCUCGAGCUGGGCGCUGUCGACGGCCGGCAGCGGGAUGGGAUCACUGCUCCCGCCUGAAGCAGAAGAAAUGACAUGCAUUGUUACAGAUCAUCGGCCCGUGUGCCCUGAUCCCAUUGCCUCUCUGUCGUACUAGCGGCUGUCUGUGGCGCCGAUUGAAUGAAGCCGCACAUCUUGGCGCCGCCCUCGCUCAUCUCGUGCAGACGGCCGUCAUUUGACUGCACAACGACGCUACCCACGGACUCCAUGAUUACGCCAAUGCUGAGGAGAUGC